AGCUUGCAUUUGCGUGUUAUGAGUUUCGAUCACGCCAUAUCCGUGCAGGUACUAUACAUAGCAUUUUACAAAACAUGACAUGAACUAAUAAAUGUUUCAGUGAACACUACUGCAUUUUUGCGUGGAGAUACUCACUCCAUACUGUAGAUGUCUCUAGAAUACACACAUUUAUUUUACUACAGAUCCACACACAAAGCAAAGAAGAAAAUAAGCAGGAAGCCGUAUACUUCACCAAGAGGAGUUAUGUCUGUUUUCUUGGGAGAAGUUAAUGGAGCAGCCUGCAGCAAACAAAAGUAGGAACAUAAACAGUCAAAACAAAUAUAAAUCAGGCUUGGAUCAUCAUUUGUUACAUUAAAUUAGGAUGGAGAAGGUGAUCAACUGUUUCAAAAAAAGGCCAGAUGCUGUGGCCAGGCUGAUCUGCUUCCCCUGGGCUGGUGGAGGGUCCGUGCACUAUGCUCGCUGGGGAAACGUCCUCAGCUCUGCAGAAGUGUUCGCAGUCAAACUUCCAGGCAGAGAGAGUCGAACCAGAGAGCCCUUCUUUCUGAGCAUGCAACAGAUUGUGGAUGAGGUUGUGGGCGUGUUGUUGCCGUUUCUAAAAGAAAAGCCAUUUGCUCUCUUUGGCCAUAGUUUUGGGGCCUUCACGAGCUUCGCUGUUGCACACGCUCUGAAGAAACUUCACAACAUUGAACCAGUUCACAUAUUUCUGUCUGGUGCUUCUGCACCCUAUUCAGAAACACGUAUCAAUGCACCAAAGCGAAGUGAGUUAUCAGACGAUGAUUUUCUCAAGUGGUUGGUUUCAAAUGGAGGAACUCCUCCUGAGCUGCUGGCAAACCCAGAAGUACUGAAACUCUUCCUUCCUGCCCUGAAGGCCGACCUGCACGUUGUGGAGAAUUACAGCUGUAACAAGCCAGACUGUCCAAUCCUGUCCUGCCCAGUCACAUGUUUCGAUGGAAAGGACGACAUUCCUCACGACAUGAAAGCUUGGAAAGACAUCACAUCAGGGGAUUUCACCGUCAGGUUGUUCGAUGGAUCUCAUUUUUACCUGAAGGAUUCUGGAAAUGAAAAAAUUUUACUGGACUACAUCACAAGGCAUCUGGAAACAUCAGAAAUGGACUAUUUAUAGUAAAAAUAUGUACAAUUGCUGUACAAUAUAUUGUAUCCAAU